ACGGGCGCAUUUGAAGCAAGGCUGGACAAGCUCGACACAGUGUCGAAACCUGAGUAUCGAGUGGCCAAUCACUACCGUGUACGCCCUGGGUUUUGUUUGUUUGUUUGUUUGUUUGUUUGUUGUUGCCGUGAAGAAUCUGAAGUUACCUGCUAAGAAUAGACACGGUGGUCUUAUUUAAAGUGUCCAGAAACAGAUCGGAAAAUGGCAUCUAUAGUGCGUCAUAUUGUUAAGUCUAUCCAAGAUGCAAUUUAUGCCUUCUUCAGAUUUUUCUUCCCAAAGAAACAGCCUGCAAUUACGCUGAAGGAUCCUAAUGUGAAAUACCCUCUCAAACUCAUAGAUAAAGAGAUUGUAAGUCAUGACACUCGCAAGUUUAGGUUUGCUCUUGAAAACAAAGAUCACAUUUUGGGGCUUCCUAUUGGACAGCACAUUUAUCUGUCAGCAAGGAUAAAUGGAGAGCUUGUUGUAAGACCUUACACUCCAGUUUCAAGUGAUGAUGAUAAAGGAUACGUGGACUUGGUUAUAAAGAUAUAUUAUAAGGAUGUCAAUCCAAAAUUCCCUGAAGGUGGAAAGAUGUCCCAAUACUUGGAAAGCCUUCGAAUUGGCGACUGCAUUGACUUCAGAGGUCCUAGUGGGUUGCUUGUGUACAAAGGAAAGGGAAAAUUUGCCAUUCGUCCUGACAAAAAAUCUGAACCAGAAAUAAAAAUGAUCAAACAUCUUGGAAUGAUUGCUGGAGGAACUGGAAUUACUCCUAUGCUUCAGAUCAUCAGGGCAAUCUUGAAGGAUCGAGAAGACAAAACAAUGUGCAACUUGUUGUUUGCAAAUCAAUCCGAAAAAGACAUUUUGCUGCGAGCAGAGCUUGAUGAAAUCGAUGAUAAGCGAUUCAAAGUUUGGUACACCCUUGAUAAGGCUCCCAAAGACUGGGAAUACAGUGAAGGCUUUGUCAAUGAAGAAAUGAUCAGAGAUCAUUUGCCACCACCAGGAGAAGACACUCUGAUUCUCAUGUGUGGGCCUCCCCCCAUGAUUCAGUAUGCCUGCAACCCUAAUCUGGAAAAGCUCAAAUACGAUAAGACCAUGACUUUUACCUUUUAAUUUACAUUUGUAGUGCGGAAGAAUUUUGCAGUAUUCAUAUAAUACCAGCUAUAGAUCACUCUUAAAUAAACAGCAGUGAAAAUAUAUA